CACAGAAUCAAUUCCUGGCCAGUGCACGCGCCCCGGGCUCUGCCGGCUUAAUUACUCCUUUACCUAUCAGCGCGUGCAGUGCACACUAAUCCGAAGCGUUUAGGUGAUGCAUUAACACCGACAAGUAUGUUUUAAGGGAAGCGCUUGGCGUUUUUUGAAGUUCAGCUUCCAGUCUGAGGCAAUUUCUAAGACGAGCGAGAGGCAUCAGCAACAGGGCACUGCCAAUUCACCGGCGAGGACAAUUAUACAUAAAGUAUCUCGAUCGUCUAGACGAACAAUUGGGACCGAACAGCACUGACGUCAUUACUCGUUUUUGAUUGCGUUGAUCUAAUUGUGUGGGGAUUUCUUACAUUUUUGCGUCAUUAAAUGGAGCGGCGUAGGUGACGUUUGGACUGUUGCGUUCAAGAGGAGCUCUUACCAAGACUAAAAGCCGGCGCGGAAAAAUAUGUAUGGACGCUAUACACAGGAGUUGGGGGCCUAUGCCAAAGAAGAGGCAGCUCGUCUGCGUGAGGAUGGAGCGCUGCGGAGGACCACCAGUGUGCGCGGCCAGGCUCCAGAACUGCUGGAGUAUGAGAAGGACCCAUGUGCCAAGUGUCAAGUAUGUACGUCAAGGUGUCAAAAGUUCCUGAUUUCCCGUGUGGGUGAAGACUGGAUCUUUCUCAUCCUCCUGGGGCUUCUCAUGGCAUUGGUCAGCUGGGCCAUGGACUACACUAUUGCCUUCUGCCAGCAAGCACAGAAGUGGAUGUAUGGUGGUCUGCACAGUAACAUGUUGCUGCAGUAUCUGGCCUGGGUCACUUACCCAGUGGUUCUCAUCACCUUCUCCGCCGGCUUCACUCAGAUACUGGCGCCACAGGCAGUGGGCUCUGGGAUCCCAGAGAUGAAGACCAUUCUCCGAGGUGUGGUGCUGAAAGAGUACCUCACUUUCAAAACCUUCGUCGCCAAAGUGAUUGGCUUAACUUGUGCCCUUGGAAGUGGCAUGCCUCUGGGCAAAGAGGGACCAUUUGUUCAUGUUGCCAGUCUGUGUGCUGCUCUGUUGAGCAAAUUCAUGGCCUUGUUUGGAGGAAUCUACAUGCUGAAGGAAGAGCCCUUUGAGGGAAACAAGAAUGAGCUGAGGAACACAGAGAUGCUGUCAGCCGCGUGUGCAGUGGGGGUGGGCUGUUGCUUCGCAGCCCCUAUUGGAGGAGUGCUGUUUAGUAUUGAGGUCACAUCUACGUUCUUUGCCGUGAGGAACUACUGGAGAGGAUUCUUCGCUGCAACCUUCAGUGCCUUUAUCUUCAGGGUGCUGGCGGUGUGGAAUAAGGAUGAGGAGACAAUCACGGCGCUCUUUAAAACGCGCUUUCGUCUCGACUUUCCCUUCGACCUACAAGAGCUUCCAGCUUUUGCUGUGCUAGGGAUUGCCAGUGGUUUUGGAGGGGCAUUGUAUGUAUACCUGAACAGGAUCAUAGUGGAGUCUAUGAGAAAACAGAAAACCAUCAACAAGUUUUUACUAAAAAAAAGACUAGUGUAUCCGGCGGUGGUUACUCUUCUUGUCUCUACGCUCACCUUUCCUCCAGGGUUUGGGCAGUUCAUGGCAGGCCAGCUGACUCAACAUGAGUCACUAGUGGCACUGUUUGACAACCAGACCUGGUACAAGCAAGGUGUCGCUGAGGAGUUUGAGUAUGCAAGUCAUGUACCUCAGGCCUGGAAGCACCCACAAGUCAGUGUGUUCAUCACACUCCUCCUCUUCAUUGUCAUGAAGUUCUGGAUGUCGGCUGUGGCCACAACAAUGCCUGUGCCUUGCGGGGCCUUCAUGCCGGUUUUCCUCAUUGGGGCUGCGUUCGGUCGACUGGUCGGCGAGAGCAUGGCUGCCGUUUUCCCCGACGGGAUACACGCCGACAGCACUGUAUAUCCCAUAGUUCCCGGCGGAUACGCAGUUGUAGGGGCGGCGGCUCUUUCUGGCGCAGUCACUCACACCGUGUCCACCGCUGUCAUUGUGUUCGAGCUGACGGGUCAAAUCUCGCACAUCCUGCCGGUGAUGAUCGCUGUGAUAUUGGCCAAUGCCGUGGCUCAGAGUCUACAACCUUCCCUCUAUGAUUCCAUCAUCCGGAUCCAGAAACUUCCUUACCUGCCAGAGCUGGGCUGGGGACAGGAGAAAUAUAAUAUCCGUGUGGAAGACAUAAUGGUGAGAGACGUGCGGUUUAUCACUCUCUCCUCCUCUUACCGGGACCUGCAGGAAGCUCUCAUAACAGGCCAGCUUAAAACCCUGGCCCUGGUGGAGUCUAAAGAGUCCAUGAUCCUGCUGGGCUCUAUCGAGCGCUCCCAGCUGCAGUCCCUGCUCUCACAGCAGCUCGGCCGAGCUCGCAGGCUGGAGUAUUUGAGAGAACGUGCUCAGGACAAUGGCACCCAUGUGCCGACCUUCCCCCAAGACUCUCCACCCAGGACUGGCCGUGGCGUACGUUUCCUGAUCUCCACUGAAGAGUCCUCCUACAGCCCCACACUGACUAACUCCCAGAUCCCCCUCAAGUCUGCUCUGAAGACGGUGUCUGCAAUCAGCAACACAGAGUCACUGAACAGCUCUCCAAACCUCUCCUCUGGGGAACCUGUGAAGGAGCUAGUAGAGAGCAAUGCUGGCCCCAUGGCUCCUAAGAGGAGCAGGAGGCCCAAGCGUGUGAAGAUACCCAUGGCGGAUACACCUGAUGUAGAAGAUGACAUGUCAACAGCAGAGAUAGCUGAGUGGGAGGAGCAACAGUUGGAUGAGGCUGUUAAUUUCAACAACUGUAAAAUAGACCCCGCCCCCUUUCAGCUGGUGGAACGGACAUCUUUGCAUAAGACACACACUAUUUUCUCACUACUUGGUCUGGAUCAUGCCUAUGUCACCAGCACCGGACGUCUAGUAGGAGUGGUCUCGCUAAAAGAGUUGCGUAAGGCCAUCGAGGGCUCUGUAACCGUGACCGGAGUGAAAGUCCGUCCCCCGCUGGCCAGCUUCCGCGACAGCGGCAACAGCAGCAGCGUCUCAGAGGUCACCGAGCUCCACAAGCUCUGGAGUCGUCACAAGAGCCUGUCGUUGCCACGGGAACCUAACCUCCCCGACCUGGACGACCAAACGGAGCAGCCGUCCGAGGGCAGCCUGGUGAACGAGACCGAGUGUACAGAGCUGUCCAGUCAGAACAGCCCAUUACACACAGACGACCAAUCAGAGCUGCCCUACGCUGACGCCACACCCGAAGAGGAGCUCCUAACGCAGCUCCCCUGUGACUGUGCCCCCCCUUUGGAGGAUGGGGGCUUGGAGGCCGCCAGCGAGCAGUGCCCAGCUCCGAUUAAAGAAGGGGCGAGCGAGGGAAGCCCCUCGCCGUCAGAGGGUCAGCCCGAAUGACAGCUGUUUGCGGUUGGUAACGCACACUCCAUUUACACCAUAAGCGGGAUUGUGAAGUCAGGUUGAAGAGCACCUGGAGGAAGUCUUUAAGCAGUGAAGCACACUCUCUGCUCCGUACUAAUCAAACCAACCCUAAUCGCUGGUCCUGCCUUCACACGAAACACGCCGUGUGUGUUUGUAUGUGUGGGAUGUCAUAGAUGCGCGCUGCAGUGUGAGUGCUGUGUGGCUCCGGGUGUGUUUGACGAUGGGCUCGUCUGUUUUGUGUUUGUGUAUUUGUCAUAAACUUGGGUGUUUGUUGAUUUGUGGCUUCAUAGCGCAUUUCUCUGUUGAUUUAUGUUGAUGAGAUUCAUUCAAAGAAGUUUAUGUUCGAUGAUGUCACGUUUGUUCGUUGAUUUGUGGCUUCACGGCGCGUUUGAGUGUGUGUUUCUUGGUCUUUGCGCAAGUGACAGAGUGUGCGUAAGAAAAGCUGAGCGUGUGUGCGAGAGUGACUCAGCUGCACCUAGCCAACGCACCCAUCUGGUGCCGACACUUUAAAUCCAAAUAAAAUUGUCUCUGAGAGCCAAACUACAAUUUUGCUCUAAAUAUAGCCCUUAAUAACCCACACUGCAAGGAAACACGGAGGGAGAGAGCGGGGGAAAGAAAGGGAACGGGUGGGCAAAAGAGGACACAGAAGACAUGGAGAGAACAAGAACAUGAUGCAAAAUGAGCGAAAGACAGGAAGGACACAGGAACGAGAGUCGUGGAAAGGCAGGAGUACGAAUGGGAGAGUGGGGUAAACUGUGCCGCGUUUUAUUUUGGUUGUCAACUAGGCAAGAAGAAAUAAGUAAUCAGGGAAAUGAAUGCACUUAAUUAUAUUUCAGAAUACAUAGAGACACCGAAAUAUGACGUUUUAAAAUGGUUGAGUGACACAACUUACCCCACACUGGGGGUAAGAUGUGCCAUGAAUGUUGAGCCACUGGGGAGUAUUUAAACUAUUUAUUUCAGGUAAAAUAUGAACAUUUAAAGAACAUGAAUCUCAUUUCAAAGUUUCGCUGCACAAUAUUCACAUUUUCAUAUACCAACUACACUCAGAGCGAUGCCAUAGAAAAACCAUUUUUGGUUCCACAAAGGACCAUUCAGUCAAAAGUUCUUUAAAGAAUUUCAUUAAUUCAUACCGUUUUAUAAUCUGAAGAACCUUCUUUAGUCACAAAGAACCUUUUGUGGAACAGAAAGGAUCUUCAGAUGUCAAAGGUUCUAAAUGGAACCAUUUAGACAAAAAGGUUCUUCUAUGGCAUCGUGAAGCACCUUUAUUUUUAGGAGUGUAGAAACAUUCAGUGUAUUUGCAUGUAGUAUAUAACAUGAGUAUUUGUUUUUUCCCAUAUUUGGAUGCAGAACUCAUCCACACUAUUAGCCGCUGGCACAUUUUACCCUGAAGCACCUGACACACUUCACCCAAAAGCUAAAUUUUUGGGAAAACAAAAUGUUCAUUUCUAAUUCAUUGCUAAACUUCUUUAUUUAUUCAUGAUGUGAUUUAAUAAUGCAUAUCAUCUUUCAUUUUAUAAACCGGCAAUUCAUCGAAAUGUGUGAUAAAUAUUUUCAGCGUGGAUAAACUUGUUUUGACAUCACUUUUCACUCAUUUUACCUGCCAUAUGGAAAAUGUACUUACUUAAUUGCUUAUGUAAAUCACAGGCAGCUGAAUACAAUGGACCUAUUUUUAAAACAAAGUCAUGUGACGAAAUCAUCCAUUUCGCUAGAUUACAGGGAUGGCACAUCUUACCCCACUCUCCCCUACAAAACCAACAGCGACUCAUACAGAGGAGUUUCCAACCAGGGUAGUUUUAAAGCACAUUGUAAUUACCAUUCAAACAAAACACAGCAAUACACAGGCGUUUUCCAUACUGACAGCAUCGGGAAAAAACUCUUUUAACAAAGCAUCGUUGAGCACACGGUUUGGAUGGUGUUGCCUGUAAUUACGAGUAAUGAUAUCCCACAUUAUGUAGGCACGUUAAGCAUGCGCAGAUCUCUAUCAGGACCAGUGUGCAGCAUAGCUGCCUGGCCAUUUAAAAUGUAUUAAAGCAUCUUUCCUAGAAGCUCGAAAUACCUAGAGACUCCAAGUGAAGAAACUGAGCCUCUUAAAUUCUUAAUUAUAUGCAUGAACCCCGAUGCAAUCAUUUGCAUGCUCACACAUGCGCAUAAACAAUACGCAUCAUAUUGCUUUGCAGCCAGCUUAAAUAGGAAGACUGCAUAGGCCUGUUACAUGUUACUUCAUCAGGUUUACUUACAAAGCCAGAUUUUUUCAGAAAUCCAGAACGCAAUACUUUUCGCAGAUGUUCAAAACACAGACUUCGACGGCAGUGUAGAUUGAGUGAAGUUUUCGACUGUGUUAGAGCCAGCCUUUGUAUAAAUACCAUUGCAGGGAGUUUGUGGUCACUGUGCAGAUCUCAUCCAGCAAUCAUCAAAGUAUUAAAAUGUAACUCAUUGCAAUGAUGGAUAUUCUGUGUACCUACAAUCUGAAUUGUUUUACAUAUGCGCAAAGCUUUUUACAUUUGAUUUUGAGCUGUCAACUGUGCAAGAAUAUUGUAUUAGAAUUACUGCUUGCCAAAUAGCUUUAUUUUACUGAACACUGGCUCUGUUUCUACAGUGCAUAUUAUUUUGAAACUGUUUGCAAUAAUCAUGAAUAGGAUGUACUGAAACAAACUAUUUUUAAAUGCCUUGAGAUUUCACUUUCAAAGUGUUUACCGGACCCCGGCGGUGGAGUUUUCACUAGUUUUCAGCCUGAGAAUGAUGUAGUGGUCUUUUAAUGUUCUGUUCGCAUCAAAACUGUGGCUGAACGACGCUAUGCAGUAUGGUCAAGAACAGCACAACUACCCCAGACACAGCCUAAGCAGAGCUAAGCGGAGAAUGAGUUACGUUGCUUUUUCUUGUGCACUGCAGAAAUGGUAGGCUACGGGUUUGAUUUAAACGGAUCAAGGCAAGUGGACCAAAACCAUAACCAUGACAAUGACUUCCUGACACAGCCUAUUCUCAUUCGCUCAGAAACGCCGGCUAUGGGUUCUGCCAGCCACAAGAGCGAAACGUUUCCUCGCCAUUCAUCCGGCUGCACUAAUCAGCUGUUUUAUUAACGUUUGUUAUGAAACCCAAUCCUGACGUGGGACAGGAAUAACUUAAGCUAAUAAUGAUCUUUAGAUAUGUUGUGUCACGUUUUGUCUCUGUUUGCCGCUUGUGCAGUUUAAGUCAAGCCCACGGUGUGUAAAGUGUCUGCUAAUAUGCCGCACAUUCAGUGUAGAGUUAAGCAAUAAGUCUGCUCCCAUUUCCGUAAAUGGUUUUUAUAAAUCAUUUGCUUGUACAGAAUACAGGGUAACGCGGUAUGUAUAUGAACUCUACUCACAUACCCUGUACAUAUAGAGAUAAGCAUAUUGAAUCAGCUGUUACCAUUAUUUUUCAGAAAACAUGAAAUUGUUUUGUACAUCAGUAAAUAUUAAAUUUCAACUUUAA